AUGAGCAAAAACCAUGCGCAGAUUGAAAUGGAUCUGGCUUUUGGAACAGCCAAGCCUUAUGGGUCCUCCAGGAGUAUAGUCAGAAGAAUCGCAUCCAGUCUACCUUUUAAGCCAUGUCCCAGAGUCCAUUUUCAGCUUUAUCCAUACACCGAGGAUGCAGGCAUCCUGUUUGCUGCUCAGAGACAGCCUGGACUGGUAGCAUCUCUCGCUGAUGUUGGUUGGAUGGAUAGAGAUGAUGAUGACGACGACGACUACUUGGACAGACCACGUUCCGGACUUGCUGAUGGACUCCUGCUCAGAGCUCAUGAGCAUAAACCAAGACUUUCCAGACAAAAAUCCCUCCCAAGCCUGUAUCAGGGGCCUCCUGACCCCCAGGGGCCGACCAAAGCCAACGAGGAGGCCAUACUGAAAAUUGGUGCACUGGAAACUGAACUGGCCAAACUGAGAGCACAGAUCGCACAAAUAGUUCUGGCUCAGGAAAAAAGUUCACAAAAUUCAGCUGCAGCUACAGGGACACCUCCCCCACCCCCUCCACCUAGUGGUGCUCUGCCGCCCCCUCCUCCUCCUCCCCCUCCUCCACCCCCACCGCUCCCAAACCUCCAGCGGACAUUUUCAGCCAUUGACUUGAUUAAGGAGCGCAAAGGGAAGAAGACCGACAGCCAGACAGUUUUAGAGCCUAAGCCAGCAGAAAUCCCCAACAUGCUCGAUGUUUUGAAAGACAUUGGCAAAGUUAAGCUACGCUCUGUCAAAAUUCGUGGUGGGGAAGGUGAUGUUAAAACAAAAACCAAUGAGCCAGCAGACGCAGCGUCUCUGAUCGCGGAGGCCCUGAAGAGAAAGUUUGCUCAUCGCUACAGGCACAAGAGUGAACAGGACGACAAGGAAGAUUUCACACCAUUUCCAGAGGAAGUGUCUAAACCAGCUGCUCCACUGUUUGGACAGCACAUGUUGAAGCCAACAGGAAAGAGGAAGCUCGUCUGA